AUGAUGUCGACAUCCCAUAAUUGUUUCCCCUCUAUCCAUAAUGUAUUUCUAUAUUCCAAUCUGCGGCAACCCAACUGGCCGAUAGAAAUUAUCAUCACCUCCGGUUCCAUCAAAGAUAAAGAAAAUAUGAUGUUAAUCGAUCAGACUUUUGGGCUGCCUAAUGCAUCUCUAUAUGAGGCAGCCACUUUCGUAGACCCGGAUAGUUGCAUUGAGUCGCCAAGAACCCAGCAGCUGAUGCCAGACCUGACCGCAUGUGAUGAUAAAGAAAAUACUACCUCUACUAUGAUUAUGAACAUCUCAUCAGAUCCCGACAUGAAAACCAGUCAAGUAAAGAUCUCUACACCUGAUGCUAACGAAACUGUUUGCCGAAGUUUGCCGGAUUCGGUAAUCUUGGAUGAUAGUUGUCCCGACCCUCUGGCCACUUCCACCAUCACCACAAGUAGUUGCGGCGAGGACAGUAGCAGUAGCACCUCGGAAACUGACUCAUCCGUCUCUUCGAGCACCCAGUCCAGCCCAACUGAGUCUGCUUCAGGAGCUUCCGAGAAGCGCCAUUCUGCUGUCAUAGGUAUCAAUGCUAAUUCCCACGGUAACUUGCCAACUAGUGCUGUUACUCCUAUUUCCAUUAGUUCAGUCUAUCAACAGCCUUUAGCCUCUUCUACGACUGGGGCCCUCGGAACCGUUCAACCAAUCGGGCUAGCCGCAAUGGCACAAUCCCAAUCUCGAUUGGCCAGUGUGUCACCCGGAGAGUCGUUGUUUCGUGCUCUGCGACUGCUCGCGCGGCUUCGUAUCCACCGUUUACCUGUUUUAGACGAAGCCCGUCUCGGUGGAACAGGAAAUAUCCUGUAUUUGCUGACGCACGCUCGCCUUCUGGCCUACCUCUAUCAAAAAGUCUAUAUUCUUCCCAGGCCAAAGUUUCUUCGGGUUGGUAUUAUUGAAUGUUCGACCUAG